AUGGCAUUGCCAGAAACUAGAGGCGGCUUAGGACCAGGAGGACCAGGUCCAGAUAAACCAGAAUACAGUACAUCAUUAGAAACAACACUAAGGCGUGAAUUGUUCAUGGACUAUGAAGUGUUACAGAGACCUCGUGAGAACGUCAGAAUAUUUAUCAGUUUAACCAUUCUAACUGUCAACGAUCUGGUUUGGCAGGAUUCCAGAUUAGACUGGUCAAACAGUUCCACUACCUCACAAGACUUUACCAAUGUAAGAUUCCUCUUCAGUACAGAAGAAUAUGUUUGGAGACCCGCGCUUAUCAUAGAAAACUCAGUUAAGGACAUAGGAAUUAUCAAUGAUAAAUUCAUUCCAAUGCGAAUUGUGAGUGAUGGAAACAUAGUUUGGAAUCCAUCGGGCAUAUACGAAGUGAGCUGUGAAUCUGACAUCACGUACUACCCUCUGGACACACAACAAUGUACGGUAAAGAUAAGUUCCUGGGCUUAUACCUCCGCAGAAGUUUCAUUAGACUUUGGACCUGAAUCUGUAGACCUCAGUUUCUAUUCAGCAAAUGGUGAAUGGGAUCUAAUUUCUGCAUCAAGUAGCAAAUCGGGUUCCAAAUCAAGAGGGGGAAUUUCGUUUUCAAGUCUGACUUAUUCAAUCAAACUCCAGCGCCGUCCGAUGUUCCACAUCAUUAACACAUUGUUCCCUGUUGCAUUGAUGGCAAUUUUGAUUGCUAUGGUGUUCAAGCUGCCGGUGGAUUCAGGAGAGAAAAUAGGUUUCUCAUUGACCGUUCUAUUAGCCUAUGCUGUAUAUCUGACCAUGAUUUCGGACAAUAUUCCCAGUACCUCUGUCCAUAUCUGUUACCUCUCUAUAUACCUGGUAUUUAUUCUAACACUUGGAGCUACAUCAGUUGUCCUUACAAUCAUUGUUCUCAGUCUGCAUUUCAAAUCACAGGAAGAUGAAAUACCACAAUGGGUUAAAACCAUGACAAAGAAAUGUCUUCUCAAAAUUGCUGGCAUGCAGAGUUGUUGUAAAUGUUGCGAAAAUCAAAGAGAAACCGAGGUUGAAGUUCUGACACAGACGGCCAUAGCAAAUAUGAAAAUAGUAAAGAAAGGUCACCCUCCAGUUGUUGAAGCAAUCAGUUCGAUGGACAACGAGUUGACCUGGGAAAAACUAUCCAAAAUAAUGGACAAAGUGUUUUUUAACAUUUACAUCGCCAUGAUUGUCAUAGUCACUGUGAUGUUGUUCUUGGCAAUAUUCGUCAAUUACUACACGUCUUAAAUGACAGUUUUGAUUAUUGAAAAAGACUGAAGGAAUUGACAUAAGGCCACACCAAUUUGAUUCCUAGUUCUUUGGAUUUUCCCGCUCCUGUUUUGGAGAAAUUGACUUUUCAAUGAAAAAAAAUUAUUACCGCUUCCGCAAAUUUUUGGUCCGCAUGCCGCUCCAAAAUUAGUUUCUCCUUGAAUUUUUUUUUCACAUAGACGUUUUUCUAUUGCAUUUAUUGGUCCGAUCGAUUUAAACGCACGUGUGAUAAAUCGAUUUGUAAAUAAAAGGUCAAAAAUUGGGAUGCCAACAUGCAGUUGUGUCAGCUAAUUGCCGUGGACAAGUAGUUAUUGAACACACAGUUAUCCGAAAUGCAUCUCGUUUUACCUUUGAAGACCUGUUCUAGGAGGCAAAAAUUUAAAAUCUUUCAUUAGAUGACCACAAUCACAUCAAUAUUUGUUAGAACCAUCGUCAUCCCCGAUCCUUGUUUCAACAGGCAUAGACCUAUCUAUCUUCGAUGAAAUAAAUUGUAAAUUUCCAUGAACUUUUUAAAAAAUCACAGAACUAUCUUAUUUUGAUGAAACCCCAUAUCCUCUUGUUAGUCUAUUGGCAUGCAAGCAGAACUCAUUUGUUAGGGGAAAUUUAAGAGUUCCAACGUUCGAGACCAAGGUGGUAGUAUUGUGAUUGCCAUGCUCAUAAUAAUAGGGAUGUGUAAUUGGUUCAACCACUUCUAGUCAAGCUAAAGAGUUUUAAAUGCAUUGCAGCUUUUAGGAGCAAAAGGAAAAAGUAUUUUGCUCAGUCAGAAUAAUGCAUGUGAAUGUGGUGACAGGUAAUUUAAGGGAAUAUUUUAAUACAUUGAGAUCUACAUGCAUAGCAAUAUAACUAUCUUACUCAGGAUGUUGUUUUAGUACAACGCAAGAAAUAUUUGCCUCACUCAUUAUGUUGAUCCUAAAUAUGGAUAAAUAGUUCCAACUGGAUUUCAAGCAGCCAAUAAGCAAUCAUUACCAUAUAAUGAAAACAACUAUAUCAAAAAAUAUUUAAUAUCUUUCAGGGGCAUUCUUUUGGAUACAUACACAUAUUUUAAUUUUAUUCAACAUAUGUCAUUUACCUAACUAACAUAAUUCCUCUUGUAAAACUGCAUCUGCUAUGCUUCCUUAAUAUAUAUACAUGUAUGGAUUUAAAUGAAAAUUCACGCAGACAAAGCUUAUUUGACGAAAAUAAUCAAAAUUAACUAAACCACAGUGAGACAAGAAAGUCUGGUAUAGUACAGGCACCAAUAAAUCAAAUUAUAUGCAUUAGAGCAUGUUUCUCCUCGUUUUUCUAUGAAGUAACCCAGUUAUAACAUGUACAUAAACUCUAAAUCGC